CAAGAGAUUCUGCUAGUUGGGUUAAGCCACAAGAGUGCGCCUCUCGAAGUCCGUGAAUCGGUGUCCUUCCUGAGCAGUCAGAUUUUGGAAGCUCUUCCCGUGCUUAAGGAAGAACUUGGAGAAGCCGUAAUUCUUUCGACGUGCAACCGCUCGGAGAUUUACACGGUUACUGACGAUGCGCCGGCAGCCAAUGGACGCAUCCACGAAUUCGUCGCAAAAUACCAUGACCUUCCUGCCGACAGUAUCGCGCCGCACUUGUACACCCGAACCGGAUCUGAUGCCGUGCAGCACCUGUUCGGCGUAUCCAGCGGCUUGGACUCCAUGAUUGUCGGCGAGUCGCAGAUAUUGGGCCAGGUUCGCGGUGCGCUCAGCGCGGCGACCGAAGCGAAAUCUGCGAAAAUGACGUGCGUCGGUCUGUUCCACUCCGCAAUGAGAGUAGGCAGGCGCGUACGGCAAGAGACGAACAUCGGUCGCAAUCCGCUCUCCAUCAGCUACGCGGGCGUAAGGCUGGCGCAGCGCGUCCUCGGCGAUCUCUCCGACAAGCGAGCGCUGCUGAUUGGCGCGGGCGAGGCUGGCAGUUUGGUCGCUAGAGCGCUCCGCACUGUCGGUGUGGGCGACCUGAUGAUUGCCAAUCGCACGGAGAGCAAGGCAAAGGAGCUAGCAGGCUAUCUCAGCAGCAGAGUCGUGCCAUUCGAGCGAUUGGACGACUCGCUCAAAGUCGCAGACAUCGUGAUAGCGGCGACCGACUCGCCGAAUUACAUCAUUACCUCCGCAAUGUCGGACUCACUCCACCGGAUGCCGGGCGAAGCGCCACUGUUUGCUUUCGACCUCGCAAUUCCGCGUGACAUAGACCCUGAAGUCGCCAGCGAAGAUGGUGUCAGGCUGUUCAACAUCGACGACCUGUCGGCGAUCGCCGAAGAAAACAUGGCAGAACGUCGCCGAUCAGCAACAGACGCCAAACUCAUCAUAGACGAAGAGGUCGCCAAGUUCAUGAUUUGGUGGGACUCGCUAGACGUGCUCCCCACAAUUAAGGCGAUCCGACAGCAGGCCGAGGAUGUCCGGCAAAGGGAACUCGCCAAGGCAAUCGACAUGCUGAACGAUCUGUCCCCCGAGGACAAACGAGUAGUGGAUACACUCACGCGCUCCAUAGUGAACAAGAUACUGCACGACCCCACCGAUUCAUUGAAGAACGGCGCAACGAAGUCCCAAAUUCGCGCUGCCAGAGAACUGUUUCAUCUGUAA